AUGCUGAAGACUCAAGUGAAGAUCGAAGCCAAGGAUCAUCGAACGAGAUUCCACCUUCGGGAUAGUUUCUACGCGGCACCACCGCAGCUGGACCUGAACCUUGUAUUACAGUCCUGCAAGGUCUACGAGGCCGAGAGCGGCAGCCGGGACUUCGGCCAGGACUAUCCGUCUGCGUCGAGAUCGAUGACGAAUUACUACUCUCAGAGCCGCGUGAGGAAUCCUUAUCCGAAGGGCACGUUCGGCGACAACAAGCCGUUCGGCUGUCCCAAGUGCGGUCGCUGCUUCACCGUCAAGGGCAACAUGACCAGGCAUUACAAAUACGAGUGCGGUCAGAAACCACGCUUCCAGUGUCCCUACUGCGAGUUUCGCAGCAAGCAGACGUCCAACGUGAUGUCCCACGUUCGAACCAAGCACCCCGGUUGUGAAGUCAAUCGAGCUAAUUGUAUUGUCGGGAUUUACGGCGGUGUGAACGACAAAGAUCCGGAAGUGAUGAUUCGGUCGACGGAUAUCACCAUUUACUACAUACAGGGUCUACGAUGCAACUAUGAGGACACGUAA